AUGAGUGGACUUUCUCAAGUAAUUCGCGCAGUAUUUUCUCGUUGGACGGGAUUGCAGCUAGCUAUCUCGAAUGGUAUGGGUGGUCCAAUGAGUGAGAUGAAAUAUGAAGCAUUUAUAUCAGCAUUAGAAGAAUAUUUGAUGAGAACAAUUAAGUGUCAUACCAGUAUGUCAACGUCUGUUGCAAAAGAUAUCCAAGAAUAUUUAGAUGAUGUUAUGGAUGAUGAAUUUAAUACAGUUUUAGACGAUGGAUCAAGUGAGGAAUUAUCGAUUAUAUUAUUAAAUUAUGUCAAUAUGAUAAAUAAUGGAAAAAUAACUGAUGUACUUUGUGAACUUGAUAAACAAUCACAACAAGCCACCGGUGUUGCCAUGUCUGUUCAAAAUAAAAAUGAGAAUAAUGAAUCGAGUGAUAGUGAUAGUGACGAUGAGGAUGAGGAGGAAAAAAUGGAUGAAAAUAAAAAUUUUAAUGGGCAACAAAAAAAUCAAACUAAAACAGAAUCCAUGGAUUUAGAUGAAGCCAAUGAUGGAUGGGUAACGGUUAAAAGAGGAGGAAAAAAAUCUUAA